AUGCGACACAACGCCAACCUGGUGCUGCGGGGCGCCAGAUGCACGCUCGUGCCCUACCGACGCGAGCACGUCCCGAGGUACCACGAGUGGAUGAAGGACCCGGCCAUCCGCGAGGCGACCGCGUCGGAGCCGCUGAGCAUAGAGGAGGAGCACGCGAUGCAGGAGGAGUGGGCGGCGGACGAGUCCAAGUGCACGUUCAUCCUGUGCGAUAACACCCUGCCACCCGGCGUUGGCGCGAUGUGCGGGGACGUGAACAUCUUUCUGAACGAUCACGACGACCCGAAGCACACGGCGGAGAUCGAGAUCAUGGUCGCCGAGCGUGGAAGCAGGCGCAAAGGCAUCGCCGUCGAGGCGCUGGAGAUCUUCAUGUCGUACUGCCACAUGGCGCUGGGCGUCAAGACGUUCAGGGCCAAGAUCGGGUUCGACAACGCCCCGUCCCUCGCGCUGUUCCGCGAUAAGAUGAAGUUCCGGGAGAAGAGCGUGAGUGACGUGUUUCGCGAGGUGACGCUGGAGCACGUCAGCACCAUCGCGGUGUGGGUAGAAGGUGACGGUUGGGCGGAUGACGGCGAGAUGGGAGAGACGUGGCGGCGGGUGUUUCCGGAGUGGGGGAUCGAGAUAUCGGAGUACGACGGAGGGCCGUACGCGGUGGGAGUGGGCGGCGGGUGA